AUGCGACUGUCAUUCAGUGAAGGAGCCACGUGUUCUUCAUACAUCAUCCUCUUGACUGCCCCUCCUAAGCUCUUCCUCCCUCUCCCCCCCACACUACCCCCUUCCUCCACCGCUCGUAUGCAUGUACGAGAGGUGAACGUGUGGGACUACAGCUCGCGGCGGCUGGUGCAUUCAGUGGACUCGGGCCACUCGGGCAACAUUUUCUGUGUGCGCUUCAUGCCUGAGACGGGGGAUGAUGUAUUAGCCUCUGGCGCUGGGGACAACGAGGUGCGAGUGCACAGGCUCUCACGCUCCACUGCUCCUGCCCCUACCACGUCAUCCUCCCCCUCUGCAACUGGUUCGCCCGGUGCCGGUCGGCAAGAUUUGUCUGCAUCCGGCGGUCCGUCCCAUUCAUCAGAGCAGGCAGCAAUGUUCCGGUGCCACAACCGACGGGUCAAGAAGCUUGCGGUGGAGGAGGGCAAUCCGCAUGUGGUGUGGAGUGCAAGUGAGGACGCCACACUGCGCCAGCACGACCUGAGGGAGACGUCUGUCUGUCCUCCGCCCACCACACACGCGCGCCCGCACUCGCCUCUCCACCACUCCCUCUUUCACGGCGCCUCAGAAUGCCGCAGUGUGCUGUCCUGCCGCCCACCACUCAAGCCCCGCACUCCCCUCGCCACCUCUCUCUCUUCUGCGGUGCCUCUCGCACUUAUUGAUGUCACGCUGUGCUGGUAUGCCUAUGGGCCAGUGGGCCAUGUCGUCUCUCUCAUUCCCUUCCUCACAGGUGCUUUCCUGCCUAUAUUCUCCGCACUUGGAGAGGCACCCACACACCCCUGCAAUCCACACCCUGCCAUUUACACCCCUACCAUUUACACGCUCAUGUCUUCUCCCUUGCAGCUUGACCUUCGGGCAGCUGGAAAAGUUUCGCUCGAGGAUCCUGCUCGCGAUUCAUUGGCUCUCAAGUCUUGUGCCAUCAGCCCGACCCGGCCACACCUGCUGAUGGUGGGAGGAAGUCCGUCCGUCCCCACACUCGCCCCUCUCCUUACCCCUGUGCUCUUUCCUCCUCCCCUCGCCCCUUCCAGUGACGCCUUUGCUCGCAUCUACGACCUGUGUGCUGAGUUGGACCCCCCUUCCCUCCCCCCCCCCUCUCUUCCCCCUUCCUCCCCUCCCAACUACCUGCUCCUGCUCUUCCUCAGAGUGUCUUUGAAGAAGGGUUUUGAGACGUCUCAAAACCCUUCUUCUUUCACUCCCCCAACCCUCCUCCCUCAUUCCUUUCCAAUCCCCCAAUCCCCCCGAAACCCUCCCUCCCUGCCGCAGCAAGGGCGCUCAGGCCUGCACCUGACCCACGUGGCCUUCUCAGCCUAUGGGGAGGAGGCGUUGCUGAGCUACAGUGGCGAGCACGUGUACCUGUUUGACCUGGAUCGAGCAACCCUGCCAUCUAUGAUUUACACUCCUGCUGACGUGGCGGCGUCUCACAGGCUGGCUCCGCUCAAACCCUCGGACAUUCAUUACAAUCACACCGCCGGCCCCACCACCACCACCACCACCACCACCACUGUCAGCAACGGCCGCACUAACGGGUUUUGCCAAUCAGGCAACCACAACCAGCAGCAGCAAGAACAAGAACACAUUAUUUGCAGCAACAGCAAGCAUAAGCCCUCCUCUCCUCACUUGAAACCCCACGGUCCUAAGCCCGUUGCAGCUAAGCCCGCACAGCCUGCUAGCUUUGGGGAGAAAGAUAAGAACGGCGCUCUUCCGAAGCAGAGCGACAGGUUCGGCAGCGCCAGCAGCAGCAGCGUGUGGGAUAGGUACACCAAUGGACGGACUGAAUUGCCUCGGGCAGGAGUGGUUCGGGACCGAGCCGUGGGCCCAGGCUUGGGACCAAGGGACCGGGAUUAUACCAAGCUGCAAGAAUGCGAGCAGCUGCUGGAGGAAGCUUCUGCGAUAGUUCUCGGCCUAGAAUCCGAGUCAGAAGCAGGCAGGCCGGCAGGCGAGAGGGGAGAGGGGGCGGGAGGGGCAUCAGGACCUGCCUCAGGUGCCGCCCCAGGUGCCGCCUCAGGUGCAGCGUCAGGUGGGGCCGGCAGGAGGGCGUCAAGGGAGAGCACGCAGGCUCAGCAGGUGGCGUCUGGGCGGCGGGCCAGCCUGGCGACAGACUUGUGCAGUGCAGUGCUGGAGGAGGGGGGGGAUGUGAUUGGGCCGGGGGUGCGGCACGAUGCGCUCUGCACCAGAGCUGCUGCAAUGCUGGAGAGGGGAUGGAAGAAUGACGAUCUGAUGGUGUUGCGUGACUGUAACGAAGCCAGGCGGAUCCUUCCCACGUCCAUCCGCGCUCAUCUCUACAUGGCCCAUGCCUUCUCCCAGCUGGGCCAGCAUCAGGAGGCGGUGGAGUUUGCAGAGCGAGCAGCCAUGUUUGACAGCAACCUCUCCUCCUACGUGGUGUCUCUGCGAGCCAAGAUGGCUGCUGCAGAGGAGGGGAGGCAGAAUUGCCUGAGCGCAUGGGGGCAGCCGCACACGGGGGGAGGGGCAACAGUGGAGGAAGAAGAGCGAGUGGGGCCAGAGGGAGUGAGGAGAGAAGGCGUGGGGGCAGAGGGACAGGAGGCAGGGGCAUUGGGGGCACGGGGAGCAGGGGAUAGGGGAGAGGGUGAUAGAGUGGAGGGCAGUGAGGCGAGGAGGGAAGAGGAGGUGAAAUUGGCAGAGGAGGGAGUAAAGGAAGAGGGUGGGGAGGAGGGUGCAGAGGAGAACGAGGCGGAUGAAGGGGAGGCGGAGGAGGAGGAAGAGGAAGAGGAUUUUGAGGUUCGUGUGGACGUGAGACUGGGUGCUGGCGUAGAAGCAGAGGAGAGAGAAGCAGACAGGGGGAAUGAACUCGUGGGAGGAGGAGCGGGAGCAGUGGGAGGAGCGGGAGGAGCGGGAGGAGGAGGAGAAGCGAGUGGGGGAGCAAGGAGGGUGAGUCUGAAUCUUAGACUGAGGAGGAGCAGAGAAGGGGAGGAGGACCGAGAGGAGGAGGGAGUGCGACGGGAGAAGAGUGCGCGAGGGGCGGGUGGAGAGACGAGGAGAAUGGGGGGCGGGAGUGUGGGCGCGCGGGAGGAGGGAGAAGAGGAGGACGAGGAGGGGGAGGAGGGUGAGGAAGGCGAGGAGGAAGAGGUGAAAAGGGGGAUGAGGGCGGUGGAUAUGCGGCAGCGCUUUGUGGGGCACUGCAACACGGGGACGGAUAUCAAGCAGGCGUCUUUUCUGGGCGACCGGGGGGAGUUUGUGUCGAGUGGGAGCGAUGAUGGGCGGUGGUUUGUGUGGGAGAAGCGCACUGGCAGAGUGGUGAAGAUGCUGGCAGGGGACGAGCAUGGUGAGUGGGACGAGCAUGGUGAGUGGGACGAACAUGGUGAGUGGGACGAACAUGGUGAGUGGGACGAACAUGGUGAGUGGGACGAACAUGGUGAGUGGGACGAACAUGGUGAGUGGGACGAACAUGGUGAGUGGGACGAGCAUGGUGAGUGGGACGAGCAUGGUGAGUGGGACGAGCAUGGUGAGUGGGACGAACAUGGUGAGUGGGACGAGCAUGGUGAGUGGGACGAGCAUGGUGAGUGGGACGAGCAUGGUGAGUGGGACGAGCAUGGUGAGUGGGACGAGCAUGGUGAGUGGGACGAGCAUGGUGAGUGGGACGAGGUGAGUGGGACGAGCAUGGUGAGUGGGACGAGCAUGGUGAGUGGGACGAGCAUGGUGAGUGGGAUGAGUAUGGUGAGUGGGACGAGCAUGGUGAGUGGGACGAGCAUGGUGAGUGGGACGAGCAUGGUGAGUGGGACGAGCAUGGUGAGUGGGAUGGUGAGUGGGACGAGCAUGGUGAGUGGGACGAGCAUGGUGAGUGGGACGAGCAUGGUGAGUGGGACGAGCAUGGUGAGUGGGACGAGCAUGGUGAGUGGGACGAGCAUGGUGAGUGGGGCAAGCAUGGUGAGUGGGGCAAGCAUGGUGAGUGGGGCGAGCAUGUUGAAUGGUGGGGUGAGACAUGUGGUGAACUGCAUUCAGUGUCACCCAGUCGACUGUUGUGUGGCCACCAGCGGCAUCGAUGACACCAUCAAGUUGUGGACGCCCCAUGCACCAUCGGCAUCAAGGGUAGCAGCAGGGGUGGGGGGGCCUGAGCCGGCCGACAUGAUUCGAGUGAUGGUGGAGAACCAGCAGCGCAUGCGCCGACCUCGCGAGUUCUUUGCGUGA